AGGUGACCAGUGUGGAUACUCAGCAUCACCGGCUUCUCCUCAUUUUUAUGCGUUUUUUUCCUCCUCAUUAAUGGAUGUAAAACAAUAUUCAGAUCCUGUUAACGGGAUGAAAAAGUCUAAAGUGGAGUUUAAAUGAAGUCCGGACUCCUGUUUUUAUCUCUCACCUGCGUUCCUCCUGUCAGGAGACUGACUGACUGGCUUCUACUUUACCUUAGGAGUGAAGAUGAAAAGUUUGCUCUUUGUCACCUUGUGUCUCUCGACGUGUCCCCUCAUGGUUGACGGACGACAUCCAACCUGUAACUUCCUGUUGGAGGUGGAGAGAGACCAGGCGGAGUGUCUGAGGAAGUUGAGGGAGGAGGACGCUGCCAGCAGCCAUAAAGAGCUGGGAUGCAAAGGAGCGUGGGACAACAUUGCAUGCUGGGAGCGAACUGAGAUUGGCGAGACUGUCACCAUCCCCUGUCCUCGAGUCCUCAAGACAGUAUUUGGUAGAAAUGGUAACAUUAGCAGGAACUGCACAUCAUCAGGAUGGUCGGAGGUUUUCCCAAACAUCACCAGUGUGUGUGGGGCGGACACGAGCCAGGAUAAGCUGGUCUUCUAUGUGGUCGUGCAGACGCUGUACACUCUGGGUCACAGUCUGUCUUUGAUCGCCCUCACCACAGGGAGCGCCAUCCUCUGUCUGUUUCGGAAGCUCCACUGCACCAGGAACUACAUCCACCUCAACCUCUUCUUCUCCUUCAUCCUGAGAGCCGUGGCUGUGUUGGUGAAAGACGACAUCCUCUUCAAUCGAAACUCCCAGUGCUCCAACCAGCCGUCACUGGUGGGAUGUAAAGCCAGCCUGGUGUUUUUUCAGUACUUCAUCAUGGCCAACUUCUUCUGGCUGCUGGUGGAAGGUCUCUACCUCCACACUCUGCUUGUCGUCAUCUUCUCCGAGAACAGACACUUUAUCGUCUACAUGUUCAUUGGCUGGGGAAUCCCCACGGUGUUCGUCUUUGCGUGGGUGAUGACGAGGAUUUAUCUGGAGGACACAGGAUGCUGGGAGAGGAAUGACAAUCCCAUACCCAACUGGGUAAUCAACGGACCAAUUGGAUUCUCCAUUAUGGUGAACUUUAUCCUGUUCAUCAGCAUCAUUCGGAUCUUGGUUCAGAAGCUGAGGUGUCCCGACGUGGGUGGCAACGACCAAUCACAAUACAGGAGGUUGGCCAAAUCCACUCUGCUGCUGAUCCCUCUGUUUGGCAUCCACUAUGUGGUCUUCGUUUCUCUCAGUGAAUCCAUCGCAGAGGAUUAUAAAAUAUUCUUUGACCUGGCCCUCGGAUCCUUUCAGGGUCUGGUGGUGGCCAUUCUGUACUGCUUCCUAAACAGUGAGGUUCAAGGCGAGCUCAAGAGAAAGUGGCGGAGUAUGUGUCUGAAUUGCCGUCUGAGCAGAGAUCACCACUUCAACAGCAACUUCGCAUCAAGGAACGGCUCAGAGCACAUGAUGCAGUUUCACCGCAACUCCCGAACCCAGUCUAUUCUGCAGUCAGAGACCACAGUGCUGUGAAUAAAAAAUACCACAGUCUCCAGGUUGACCUGGGUCGAAUAGUUUUACAAAAUGAUUUCAACACAAAGUUAAGGGGAAGUACCACAUGGGUGGGACCUGCACAUUUUGGUUUUAGCUUUACAAAUCUCUGCAAGCAUUCAAAAUGCACCAUAAGUAUAAGUUGUUGCAACAUCUGCAACACUCAUGUUUAGUCAGUGUGGAGGUAGUCUCUAUAUACACUCUACAUUCAGAGAAUGUAGAGUCUGUAGGCAAACCCCGGAGAUCUUGCCUCCAGAAGAAGAGCGGAAGAGCCCUGGUUUCCAGUUGUAGGCUGUUUGUAGUCCGCGUGAUAUUGACCAAUCACGUUUGAGCUGGCCGCAGUUGUUGCCAGGUUAAACAGUCCCAUGCAGUGAACAAACGAGGCAGAACAUAAUUGGCGUCACUGCAAACUCUGAAUCCAUCGCAAUGGUUCAGCAUAUUUACUUAUAUAUAAACGGAAGUCGGAAACGGAAAUUCGCCUCCUCCGCCCAAAUCAAACCGGAAUGCCAAAAAAUCAGGGGUCUGCCCCCAGAGGCUGUAUCGCCGUCUGCCGGAAGUCAGACGCCAAAUACAGCCGAUGGGUUCCGAGAAUGGUGUGGAGGUGAGGAUGGUUUGCAUUCAGCUGCAGGAUAAUGAGUUGUGGGGAUGGUUCAUGAGAGCAGUGCCAGGUGCGUUGAUUGGCACAGCUGGUGCUUGUUCACAAAUUGGUACAGCUGGUGCUCAUUCGCUAAUUAUGCUCUCUCUUUAAAUGCUGUAAUGUGCUGGACCUCAGAUGAGACACAUAGGCACCCAAACUGUAAGAUUUGAUUCGCCCUAUGACAGGAAUCUGUCAGGAGUUUGGAGCAGCUAGCCUUCUAGCACCUUGGCGACCAGGCACACGGUGAAAUAGUUGUGUAUUAAUGUUCCAACUGUGUGUGAGCAGCAGAGGCGGGGGACUUGAGUCACAUGACUUGACUUGAGUCUGACUCAAAUCGCAAAUUUGAGAACUUGAGACUUGUUUACCAACACUGAUGAAAGACUUGACUUUGAUUCGGUAUUCUUGACUUGAGACUUGACUUUGACUCGAGAAAGAUGACUUGAAAGGACUUGACUCUUUAUUCAAUAUUUAUA